AUGUCUCAUGCCUACAGGAAACAGCUGUGGAGAGACACUAUCGCACGUGUGAUAAAGCAAAAGCUAAAAGAGGAGAGAGAGGCCAAGCGUGCCCAACUGGACGGUCGUCAUGACUACGUCCUCAGCAUUGUUGCCUCGUGUACGGCUCUGGACAAGGCAGAGGUGGAGGAUGCCAUCUUGGAGGGCAGUCAGAUUGACAGGAUGGAGCAGUUCUUCGUUCCUGACGGCCGCUCUCAUGUCAUGUUCUACUAUCAAGAUGUUGAUCUACCUGAAACAGCAGCAGCGGCCUCCUCUCAGAAUCGCGCCAAGAAGAAGAAGGUGUUUGUGACAGAGGGCCGUGACGUGCCCCUGACGGGAGUGUGUGUGUUCUUCACCCGCGCCAAUGCCACCAAGGCCAUCACCACAGAGAACAUCCACAGGGAGGUGAACUUCAACAUGCUGGACACCACGGAGGUGGGCCUGCUUAAGAGCGUGGAGCUGCUGCUGUCGGACAUCUUCAUCCCCACGCUGAGGAAGAUGAACCACGGCUGGGGGGAGCCGGCCAGCCCGCAGGCACAGGCCGUCAAGCACGACUUCAUCGGCUCGCUCGACAGCUUUGUGUCUGUGUUGGCUGGGGCUCAGGAGAGCCUGCAAGAGAAGGUGAAUCUGCAGGAGUGCGAUGCGUUCGACCUGAGCACCCUGAAGGGGCCAUCGGACUACGUGGCCGUGGCCAACAACACAGAGGCCCUGGAGAAGAUAGAGGCCUGCAUGAAGAUCUGGACCAAGCAGAUAGAACAGGUCCUUGCGGAGAGCGACCAGCUGCGUAAGGAGGCUGAUGACCUGGGUCCCCGCGCGGAGCUGGACCACUGGAAGAAGCGCAUGUCCCGCUUCAACUACCUGCUGGACCAGCUCAAGAGCCCCGACGUCAAGGCGGCGCUGGGGGUCCUCAUGAUAGCCAAGUCCAAACUCAUCAAGGGAUGGCGUGAGCUGGACAUCAGGAUCACGGACUCGGCCAACGAGGCCAAGGACAACGUGAAGUACCUGUACACCCUGGAGAAGUUCUGUGACCCGCUGUACAACAGCGACCCGGUGUCCAUGGUGGAGGCCAUCCCUGGUCUUAUCAACGCCAUCCGUAUGAUCCACAGCAUCUCCCGCUACUACAACACCUCUGAGAAGAUCACCUCACUGUUUGUCAAGGUGACCAAUCAGAUGAUCACAGCGUGUAAGGCCUACAUCACCAAUAACAGCCAGGUGUCCAUCUGGGACCAGCCCCAGGAGGUGGUGACACAGCGGAUCAAGGCAGCUAUUCAUCUUAAUCAGGAAUACCAGAGGUAUUUCCACAAGACCAAGCAGACCCUGGAGAAGAGCCCAUCAGAGCGCCAGUUUGACUUCAGUGAGAUGUACAUCUUUGGCAAGUUCGACACCUUCCAGCGCCGGCUGAACAAGAUCCUCAACAUGUUCGACAUCAUCAACACCUACUCGGCCCUGCAAGACUCCAAGAUCGAGGGUCUCGAGAACAUGGCCACCAAAUAUCAGACAGCGGACAUGCAGAUGAAAUGGGAGGCUAUUGUUCUAGCCAUGAAGAAGAAACCUUACAGCUUUUUGGACCAGAGGAGAACAGACUUUGAUCAGGACUACGAGGAGUUCUGUAAAAACACUAACGAGCUACAUAAUCAGCUGAAGACUUUCAUGGAUACCACCCUGGACAGGAUCCACAACACAGAGCGGGCCCUGAGUGUGCUCAAGAAAUUUGAAAGGCUGGGCAUUCCAGACCUAGGCAUCCCGGACAAAUACCAGCGGCUCCUGCAGAACUUCGGCCGUGACAUCGAGAUGGUGUCGCGCACCUACACGCGGCAGAAGCAGGAGCCGCCGCUGGGGCGCGACCUUCCCCCCGUGGCGGGCCGCGUGCAGUGGGUGCGGCAGCUCUUCCGCCGCAUCCAGACCCCCAUGGAGAUGUUCCAGCAGCAGCCGGGGGUGCUGGACACGGCCGAGGCCAAGCGCAUCAUCCGCAACUACAACCGGCUGGCUCGCGUGCUGAUGGAGUACGAGAUGGUCUAUCACAGAGGCUGGAUGGACCAGAUCGAGGUGGCGCGGUUGGGCCUGCAGGCCUCCCUGCUGGUGAAGUGCCCGGAGACGGCAGAGCUGUACGUGAACUUUGACCCCCAGAUCCUGACGCAGAUCCGGGAGAAGGACUGCAUGACACGCAUGGGCCUGGAGGUGCCGCCGUUCGCCCUCGCCCUGCACCAGAAGCAGCACACGCUCAAGAACCACUACAACCAGCUGCAGCUGGUGCUGAGUGAGAACAGGCGAGUGCGGGGGAAGAUCCAGAGUGCGUUUGAGCAGCUGCUGUCCCCUCACGUGGCCAAGGUGGAUGAGGCCAUACUGCCCGGUCUCACCUCCCUCAACUGGACCUCACUCAACAUCGACAAGUACAUCACGCGCAUCACCAAGGCCCUGGCUGAUCUGGAGCUGCUGCUGGGCCGCGUGAACGACCUGGUGGAGUUCCGCAUAGACGCUGUGCUGCAGGACAUGAGCUGCACGCCUCUCUGUGUCUUACCAGAGGACGAACCCUUCACCUGCGAGGAGUUCGUACAGAAGACCAGGGAGCUGUGUAUUAAGGGGGCCCAGAGCCUGCACACCCAGAGCUCGCUGGUGGAGGAGGCGGCCAAUGAGCUGAUCAACAUGCUGCUGGAGCACCACGAGAGCCAGAGGGAGCCGGAGACACGCUUCCCAGACGAGAGCCGUGCCGAGAGCAAGGCUGAGGCCACCACCACCAGCGGAGCCAUGGCCGACAGCGAAGGCGAGGACGAGGGUCGCUCGGAGGGCCGCCUGGUGUCCCGGAACACCAUGGCGGCGAGCGCCGGCCCCUCGUCCCCCAUGCAGCGGCGGCGCAGGAGGCGCGACCUGGCGGCCGUGCUGGAGGAGGAGGCGCAGGAGCUGCUGUCCCACCUCAACCACCGCAACCUGGAGGCCCUGCUCCGACUCACCAGGAACACGCUGGAGACGCUGCGCAAGCGCAUACACGCCUCCUCGCUCAUGCAUUUCCUGGCAGACAGUGAGUCGUCGGGUCGUCCGCGCGGGCCGGUCCAGAAGCCCAUCUUCCGGGCGAGCGUGACGCUGGCCAUCCCCCACAUCAGCAUGCUGCCGGCCCUGGACGACCUGCAGCAGGCCCUCAACAGGGCGGUGGACGCCAUCGUCAGCGUCAACAAAGGAGUCGGACAAUGGGGCAAGGAGAGGAUAUCCAAGAAGAAGAUGAGUGAGAGACGCAUGGCUGCGCUGCGGCAGGAGAGCCAUGAGAGUGAAUCAGAUGACGCAGAAACCACCCACCUUAGCCUGGCCGAUGGCAGCACCUCAGACAUCUCAGCCUCGGUUGCCCAGGCGAUGCCCAUCCAGGCGCGGAACUACCACAAGAGCAUCUCGGAGAACAAGGAGAUCGUCAAGCUGGUGUCCGUGCUCAGCACCUCCAUCAACUCCACCAAGAAGGAGGUGCUCAAUGCCCUGGAGAGGUUCGGCCGCUAUCACCAUAUCUGGCGUCGGGAUCGAGAGGAGGCCAUCCGCAGCUUCAGCCAGGGCACGCCCCUGCUGUCCGAGUUCGAGUCCCAGAUCCUCUACUACAGGGACCUGGAGAACGAGAUCAACGCAGAGCCAGAGUUCAUCACCGUCGGGGCACUCGCCCUCUACACAGCCGACCUGAAGAUGGCACUGACGGUCGAGACCAAGACCUGGAUGGUGGACUAUGGCCACCACUGCAAUAGGAAGUACCGCUCGGAGAUGGAGCAGAUCUUCACCUUUGUGGAGGAGGCGGGCAAGAAGCUGAACCGGCAGAUCAAGGACCUGGACGACAUCCGCAUCGCCAUGGCCUCGCUCAAGGAGAUCCGGGAACACCAGAUUGCAAUAGAUUUCCAAGUCAGCCCCAUAGAGGAGUCCUACGCCAUGCUGCACAAGUACGAGCUGCAGGUGGCCAAGGAGGAGGUGGAGAAGGUGGACACGCUGCGCUACAGCUGGGAGAAGCUGCUGUCGCGCAGCACGCAGGUGCAGAACCAGCUGGUGACGCUGCAGCCCAACUUCAGAGGAGAGCUCAUCGACAACGUGGGCUCCUUCGUGGAGGACUGCUCACACUUUUACCAGGACUACGACAAGGAUGGGCCUAUGGUGGUAGGCCUAGCUCCUCAAGAUGCAAGUGAUCGACUCAUCAUGUUCCAGAACCGAUUUGAUAACUUGUACCGCAAGUACAUCACUUACACGGGAGGGGAGGAGCUCUUUGGACUUCCUGUUACCCAGCAUCCUCAGCUGCUGGAGAUCAGGAAGCAGCUGACCCUGCUGCAGAAGCUCUACGGUCUCUAUAACAACGUGAUUGACACCGUCAACAGUUACUAUGACAUCCUGUGGGCGGACAUUCACAUUGACAGGAUCAACAACGAGCUGCUGGAGUUUCAGACUCGCUGCCGUAAGCUACCACGGGCCCUGAAGGAAUGGCAGGCCUUCCUGGACCUGAAGAAGACCAUCGACGAGUUUAGCGAGUGCUGCCCCCUACUGGAGCUGAUGACCAACAAGGCCAUGAUGCCGCGCCACUGGCGCCGCAUCACCGAGCUGACGGGACACACCUUCGAGGUGGAGUCUGACUCCUUUAAGCUGCGCAAUAUCAUGGAGGCACCGCUCCUCAAGCACAAGGAGGAGAUCGAGGACAUAUGCAUCAGUGCGGUGAAGGAGCGCGACAUCGAGCAGAAGCUGAAGCAGGUGAUUGCAGAGUGGGACAACAAGACCUUCACCUUCGCCCACUUCAAGACCCGUGGGGAGCUGCUGCUGAGGGGAGACAGCACCUCUGAGAUCAUCACCAACAUGGAGGACAGCCUCAUGGUGCUGGGGUCACUCAUGAGCAACAGAUACAACACCCCCUUCAAAGGUCAGAUCCAGAAAUGGGUCCAGAACCUGUCCAACACCACAGACAUCAUAGAGAACUGGAUGACGGUCCAGAACCUGUGGAUCUAUCUGGAAGCUGUGUUUGUGGGUGGAGACAUUGCCAAGCAGCUGCCCAAAGAGGCCAAGCGAUUCUCCAACAUCGAUAAGUCGUGGGUGAAGAUUAUGACGCGGGCGCACGAGAUGCCCAACGUGGUGCAGUCGUGCGUGGGGGACGAGACCAUGGGCCAGCUGCUGCCUCAUCUGCUGGAGCAGCUCGAGAUGUGCCAGAAAUCACUCACUGGUUACCUGGAGAAGAAGCGUCUGCUGUUCCCGCGGUUCUUCUUUGUGUCUGACCCGGCCCUGCUGGAGAUCCUGGGCCAGGCCUCCGACUCCCACACCAUCCAGGCACACCUGCUCAACGUCUUCGACAACAUCAAGUCUGUACGCUUCCAUGACAAGAUAUACGACCGUAUCUUGGCCAUCUCAUCGCGAGAAGGGGAGACGGUGGAGCUGGAUAGGCCGGUUAUGGCGGAGGGCAACGUGGAGGUGUGGCUACACGCCCUGCUGAAGGAGUCCCAGCGAUCGCUACACCUGGUCAUCCACCAGGCAGCACUAGCCAUCCAGGAGCCCGGCUUCCAGCUCAUCGAGUUCCUCAACUCCUACCCAGCACAGGUGGGUCUGCUGGGGAUCCAGAUGAUCUGGACCAGGGAUGCGGAGGAGGCCCUGUCCAAUGCCAGGUACGACCGCAAGAUCAUGACCAAGACCAACCAGUCCUUCUUGGAGCUUCUCAACACUCUCAUCGACAUGACGACGCGAGACCUGGGGCCUGUGGAACGCACAAAGUACGAGACCCUGAUCACCAUCCAUGUCCACCAGAGGGACAUCUUCGACGACCUGUGUCGGCUGCACAUCAAGAGUGUGUCUGACUUUGAGUGGCUGAAGCAGUGCCGCUUCUACUUCAGCGAGGAUGGUGACAGGAUGCUCAUAAACAUCACUGACGUGGGCUUCGUCUACCAGAACGAGUUCCUGGGCUGCACAGACCGCUUGGUCAUCACUCCUCUGACGGACAGGUGCUACAUCACCCUGGCCCAGGCGCUGGGCAUGAGUAUGGGGGGAGCGCCGGCCGGCCCAGCGGGCACAGGGAAGACCGAGACCACCAAGGACAUGGGCCGCUGCCUGGGCAAAUACGUGGUGGUCUUCAACUGCUCCGACCAGAUGGACUUCAGGGGGCUGGGCAGGAUCUUCAAAGGUUUGGCCCAAUCAGGGUCGUGGGGCUGCUUUGACGAGUUCAACCGCAUCGACCUGCCCGUGCUGUCUGUGGCGGCACAGCAGAUCGCCAUUGUUCUCACCUGCAAGAAGGAGCGACGGAAAAACUUCCUCUUCACUGACGGAGACAGCGUGGAGAUGAACCCUGAGUUUGGUAUCUUCCUGACCAUGAAUCCGGGUUACGCGGGUCGCCAGGAGCUGCCGGAGAACCUGAAGAUCAACUUCCGCUCGGUGGCCAUGAUGGUUCCGGACCGGCAGAUCAUCAUCCGGGUCAAACUGGCCAGCUGCGGCUUCAUAGACAACAUUGAGUUGGCUCGCAAGUUCUUCACCCUCUACAAGCUGUGCGAGGAGCAGCUAUCCAAACAGGUGCACUAUGACUUUGGACUGAGGAACAUCCUUUCUGUGCUGCGGACGCUGGGAGCAGCCAAGCGGGCCAAUCCCAACGACACCGAGUCCACCAUCGUCAUGAGGGUCCUCCGGGACAUGAACCUGUCCAAGCUGAUUGACGAGGACGAGCCGCUGUUCUUGAGCCUGAUAGAGGACCUGUUCCCUGGGAUACAGCUGGACAAGGCAGGCUACCCGGAGCUGGAGGCGGCCAUCGACAAACAGGUGGCUGAGGCCGGUCUCAUCAGCCACCCUCCGUGGAAGCUGAAGGUGAUCCAGCUGUUUGAGACGCAGCAGGUGCGACACGGCAUGAUGGCACUAGGACCCAGCGGAGCCGGGAAGACCACCUGCAUCCACACCCUCAUGAGGGCCAUGAGCGACUGCGGGCAGCCCCACAGGGAGAUGCGUAUGAACCCCAAGGCCAUCACGGCCCCCCAGAUGUUCGGACGGCUGGACGUGGCCACCAACGACUGGACCGACGGCAUCUUCUCCACCCUCUGGAGGAAAACACUACGUGCCAAGAAAGGUGAACACAUCUGGAUCGUGCUGGACGGGCCGGUGGACGCCAUCUGGAUUGAGAACCUCAACUCAGUACUGGACGACAACCGCACGCUGACGUUGGCCAAUGGAGACCGUAUCCCCAUGGCUACCAACUGCAAGGUGGUGUUCGAGCCCCACAACAUCGACAACGCCUCUCCAGCCACCGUUUCCCGCAACGGCAUGGUCUUCAUGAGUUCCUCUGUGCUCAGCUGGGAUCCCAUCCUGGAGGGCUGGCUGAAGCGGCGGUCUGGGCAGGAGGCUGAGGUCCUGAGAGGGCUGUUCCAUGGCUCCUUCUCUGAGCUCCACCGCUACGCCACGCAGGCCCUCCACUUCAAGAUGGACAUGCUCGAGGCCUUCAUCAUCAACCAGAGCAUCAACAUGCUACAGGGACUCAUACCACCCAAGGAGCAGGGCAGUGAGGUAUCUGAGAAGCACCUUGAGCGUCUGUACGUGUUCUCUCUGAUGUGGAGCGUGGGGGCUCUGCUGGAGCUGGAGGAUCGGCGCAGGUUGGAGCGCUGGCUGCGAAGCCACGAGACCAUCAGCCUGGACCUGCCUGACAUCCCCCGACACGGAGACGACACCAUGUUCGACUUCCACGUGGCCCACGAUGGUGAGUGGGUACACUGGAGUACGUGUGUAGAGGAGUAUGUGUACCCGGCGGACAGCACCCCAGAGUACGGCUCCAUCCUGGUGCCCAACGUGGACAACGUACGCACCAACUUCCUGCUGCAGACCAUCGCCAAGCAGGGCAAAGCGGUGCUCCUGAUUGGUGAGCAGGGUACUGCCAAGUCGGUCAUCAUUAAGGCCUACAUGUCCAAGUCUGACCGGGAGACGCACACGGCCAAGAGUGUCAACUUCUCAUCGGCCACUACACCACUGAUGUUUCAGAGGACGGUGGAGAGCUACGUGGAUAAGCGCAUGGGCACCACCUACGGACCGCCUGCGGGGAAGAAAAUGUCCAUCUUUGUGGAUGACAUCAACAUGCCAGUCAUCAACGAGUGGGGGGACCAGGUGACCAAUGAGAUCGUCCGUCAGUUGAUGGAGCAGAAUGGCUUCUACAACCUGGAGAAGCCGGGCGAGUUCACCAACAUCGUGGACAUCCAGUUCCUGGCGGCCAUGAUCCACCCGGGCGGCGGCCGCAACGACAUCCCCCAGAGACUCAAGCGCCAAUUCUCCAUCUUCAACUGCACUCUGCCCUCCAAUGCAUCAAUAGACAAGAUCUUUGGUGUGAUCGGUCUGGGCCACUACUGCUCGGCGCGUGGAUUCGGGCGCGGUGUUCGGGAGCUGGUGGGUCUGUUGGUGCCACUGACCAGGCGUCUGUGGCAGCGCACCAAGCUGAAGAUGCUGCCCACCCCCGCCAACUUCCACUACAUCUUCAACCUACGAGACCUCUCGCGCAUAUGGCAGGGCAUGCUCUACACCACGGCUGAGGUCAUGGACACGCCAGAGAUUGUGCUGCGACUGUGGAAGCAUGAGUGUAAGCGUGUUAUUGCGGACCGCUUCACCUCGCCGGAGGACGUGCUGUGGUUCGACGACACACUUGCUCGCCUGGUGGAGGAGGGGCUGGGCGAGCCCGAGAGGGCCUGCGUGGACUGUGGCGUCGACGCCUACUUUGUGGAUUUCCUACGAGAUGCCCCCGAGGCAACAGGUAUUUAAUUUAUCCCAUCAGGUGAAGAGCCGGAGGAUGCUAACUUCGACAUGCCAAAGGUGUAUGACCCCAUCGUGUCCUUCGAGAGCCUGAUGGAGCGCCUCAACAUGUUCCUGCUGCAGUACAAUGAGACCAUACGUGGAGCUGGCAUGGACAUGGUCUUCUUCAGAGACGCCAUGGUGCACCUCAUCAAGGUGUCAAGGAUAAUCCGCACCCCACGUGGAAGUGCUCUGCUGGUUGGCGUUGGGGGCUCGGGGAAGCAAAGCCUCACCCGACUGGCAUCCUUCAUCGCUGGAUACAAGACGUUUCAGAUCACCCUGACCCGUUCCUACAACACGGCCAACCUGAUGGACGACCUGAAGGGUCUGUACCGCACGGCGGGCCAGAUGGGCCGUGGCAUCAGCUUCAUCUUCACCGACAACGAGAUCAAGGACGAGGCCUUCCUGGAGUACAUGAACAACGUCCUGUCAUCAGGAGAGGUGUCGAACCUGUUUGCUCGAGACGAGAUCGACGAGAUCCUCAGCGACCUCAUCCCGGUGAUGAAGCGGGAGUUCCCGCGGCGACCGCCCACCAAUGAGAACUUGUAUGAGUACUUCAUGGGCCGUGUCCGCCAGAACCUGCACGUGGUACUGUGCUUCUCUCCCGUCGGGGAGAGGUUCCGCACGCGGGCCCUCAAGUUCCCCGCUCUCAUCUCCGGAUGCACCAUGGACUGGUUCAGCCGAUGGCCCAAGGAUGCCCUGGUGGCAGUCUCGGAGCACUUCCUGUCCAGCUAUGAGGUGGACUGCUCGGGCCAGGUGAAGGCGGAGGUGGUGCAGUGCAUGGGCUCAUUCCAGGACGGUGUGGCCGAGCGUUGCGUGGAGUACUUCCAGCGCUACCGCCGCGCCACGCACAUCACGCCCAAGUCGUACCUGUCCUUCAUCCAGGGCUACAAGACCAUCUACCAGGAGAAGCGGUCCGAGCUGCAGACCCUGGCCAACAGGAUGAACACUGGGCUGCAGAAGCUGAAGGAAGCGUCUGAAUCAGUGGCGGCACUCAGCCGGGAGCUGGAGGUGAAGGAGAAGGAGCUGCAAAUAGCCAAUGAGAAAGCUGACAUGGUGCUGAAAGAGGUGACGGUGAAGGCGCAGGCAGCAGAGCGCGUGAAGGUGGAGGUGCAGAAGGUGAAGGACAAGGCCCAGGCCAUCGUGGACAGCAUCUCCGCAGACAAGGCCAUCGCCGAGGAGAAGCUGGAGGCCGCGCGACCAGCACUGGAGGAGGCAGAGAAUGCGCUGCAGACCAUCAAGCCGUCGGACAUCGCCACGGUUCGAACCCUGGGCCGGCCGCCGCACCUGAUCAUGCGCAUCAUGGACUGCGUGCUGCUGCUGUUCCAGCGCCACCUGAACCCUGUGCGCCUGGACCCCGACAAGCCCUGCGCUGCCCCCUCCUGGCAGGAGUCCCUCAAGCUCAUGACCGCCGGCAACUUCCUCGGCAGUCUGCAGCAAUUUCCCAAAGACACAAUCAACGAGGAGGUGGUGGAGCUGCUGGCGCCAUACUUCGACAUGGCCGACUACAACAUCGAGACGGCCAAGCGGGUGUGUGGCAACGUGGCCGGCCUGUGCUCCUGGACCAAAGCCAUGGCCGCCUUCUUCUCCAUCAACAAGGAAGUGCUGCCACUCAAGGCCAACCUGGCGGUGCAGGAGAACCGUCUGGAGCUGGCCAACGUGGACUUACAGAAGGCCCGCGCAGAGCUGGACGCCAAGCAGGCGGAGCUGGACGUGGUGCAGACCGAGUACGAGCACGCCAUGAUGGAGAAACAGGCUCUGCUGGAGGACGCUGAGCGCUGCAGGCAUAAGAUGCAGACGGCCUCGUCUCUCAUCAGCGGGCUGGCGGGAGAGAAGGAGCGCUGGACACAGCAGAGCAAAGAGUUCGCCGCCCAGACCAAGCGCCUUGUUGGUGACGUGCUCCUAGCGACGGCAUUCCUGUCCUACUCCGGACCCUUCAACCAGGAGUUCCGGAACUUUCUCCUGCAGGACUGGCAGCAGGAGAUGCGCACGCGCCGCAUCCCGUUCGGCACCAACCUCAACCUGACAGAGAUGCUGAUCGACGCGCCCACCGUGAGCGAGUGGAACCUGCAGGGCUUGCCCAACGACGACUUGUCCAUCCAGAAUGGCAUCAUCGUCACCAAGGCCGCCCGCUUCCCGCUCCUCAUCGACCCCCAGACCCAGGGCAAGAUCUGGAUCAAGAACAAGGAGGCCAAGAAUGAGUUGCAGAUCACGUCCCUGAACCACAAGUAUUUCCGUAACCACCUGGAGGACAGCCUGUCUCUGGGGCGCCCCCUGCUGAUAGAAGACGUGGGUGAGGAACUGGACCCCGCCCUGGACCAGGUGCUGGAGAAGAACUUCAUCAAGACUGGCACCACCUACAAGGUGAAGGUGGGCGAUAAGGAGGUGGACGUGAUGAGGGGCUUCCGGCUCUACAUGACCACCAAGCUGCCCAACCCGGCCUACACGCCCGAGAUCAGCGCCCGCAGCUCCAUCAUAGACUUCACCGUCACCAUGAGGGGUCUGGAGGACCAGCUGCUGGGAAGGGUCAUACUCACGGAGAAACAGGAGCUGGAGCGGGAGCGGACCAGCCUGCUGGAGGACGUGACGUCCAACAAGCGGCGCAUGAAGGAGCUGGAGGACAGCCUGCUGCUGCGGCUUAGCUCCACGCAGGGCUCGCUGGUGGACGACGAGAGCCUGGUGCUGGUGCUCAGUACCACCAAGCGCACCGCCGAGGAGGUCACGCAGAAGCUGCAGAUCGCCGCCGAGACCGAGGUGCAGAUCAACGCCGCGCGCGAGGAGUAUAGGCCUGUGGCCACGAGGGGAAGCAUCCUGUACUUCCUGAUAACGGAGAUGAGCAUGGUGAACGUCAUGUACCAGACCUCCCUGCGCCAGUUCCUGGGCCUCUUCGACCUCUCCCUCGCCAGGUCAGCCAAGAGCCCCAUCACCAGCAAGCGCAUUGUCAACAUCAUCGAUCACAUGACCUUCGAGGUGCACAAGUACGCGGCGCGAGGCUUCUACGAGGAGCACAAGUUCCUCUUCACCCUGCUGCUGGCGCUCAAGAUCGACAUGCAGAGCUCGCGCAUCAAACACGAGGAGUUCCUGACUCUCAUCAAAGGUGGUGCGUCAUUGGAUUUGAAGGGCUGUCCACCCAAAGCGGCCAAGUGGAUCCUGGACAUGACCUGGCUCAACCUGGUGGAGCUGAGCAAGCUCUGGCAGUUCUCUGACAUACUAGACCAGAUUGGGCGUAAUGAGAAGCAGUGGAAGAGCUGGUUUGAUAAGGAGGCCCCAGAGGAGGAGUUGGUGCCCAAUGCCUAUGACAGCGCCCUGGACUGCUUCAGGAGACUGCUGCUCAUACGCUCAUGGUGCCCCGACAGGACCAUCGCACAGGCGCGUAAGUACGUGCAGGAGUCGCUGGGCGAGCGCUACACGGAGGGCGUGGUUCUGGACCUGGAGCUGACGUGGGAGGAGUCGGACCCCCGCACCCCACUGGUCUGCUUCCUGUCCAUGGGCUCCGACCCCACCGACUCCAUCAUCGCCCUGGGCAAGCGGCACAAGACCCAGACGCGCUACGUCAGCAUGGGCCAGGGCCAGGAGGGACACGCGCGCAAACUGCUGCAGCAGACCAUGGCUGACGGUGGCUGGGCGCUGCUCCAGAACUGCCACUUGGGCUUGGGCUUCCUGGACGAGCUGAUGGACACGCUGACAGAGACGGAGGUGGUGCACGAGGGCUUCAGGCUCUGGAUCACCACCGAGGCGCACCGCCACUUCCCCAUCACGCUGCUGCAGAUGGCCAUCAAGUUCACCAACCAGCCACCGCAGGGACUCAAGGCGGGGCUCAAGCGCACCUACGGAGGCAUCAGCCAGGACCUGCUGGAUGUGAGCAACAUGUCCCAGUGGCGCCCCCUCCUGUACGGGGUGGCCUUCCUCCACUCCACCGUGCAGGAGCGCCGCAAGUACGGCCCGCUGGGCUGGAAUAUCCCCUACGAGUUCAACCAGGCCGACUUUAACGCCACCAUCCAGUUCGUACAGAACCACCUGGACGACAUGGACCUCAAGAAGGGUGUGUCCUGGAGCACGGUGCGCUACAUGAUCGGCGAGAUCCAGUAUGGGGGGCGGGUGACGGACGACUACGACAAGCGUCUGCUCAACACCUUCGCCAAGGUGUGGUUCAGCGAGCAGAUGUUCAGCCCCGAGUUCCACUUCUACAAGGACUACAGCAUCCCCAGGUGCUCCAGCGUCGAGCACUACCUUCACUACAUCCAGGGCCUACCCACCUACGACACCCCGGAGGUGUUUGGGCUGCACCCCAACGCGGACAUCACCUACCAGAGCAAGCUGGCCAAGGACGUGCUGGACACCAUCCUGAGCAUCCAACCCAAGGACGCCUCCAGCGGGAGCGGGGAGACGCGGGAGGCCGUGGUGGCCAGACUGGCGGAGGACAUGCUGGCUAAAUUGCCGCCCGACUACGUGCCCUUUGAGGUGCGGGAGCGUCUGAUGAAGAUGGGUCCCCUGCAGCCCAUGAACAUCUUCCUGCGUCAGGAGGUGGAGCGCAUGCAGCGGGUGCUGGGCCUGGUGCGCCACACACUCACCGACCUCAAGCUGGCCAUCGACGGCACCAUCAUCAUGAGCCAGAGCCUACGCGACGCGCUCGACUGCAUGUACGACGCGCGCAUCCCCUCGCGCUGGGAGAAGGCUUCCUGGGCCUCCAGUACGCUGGGCUUCUGGUUCACAGAGCUGCUGGAGCGGAACCGCCAGUUCCAGGCGUGGAUCUUCGAGGGCCGGCCCAACUGCUUCUGGAUGACUGGCUUCUUCAACCCACAGGGCUUCCUCACAGCGAUGAGACAGGAGAUCACACGGGCCAAUAAGGGCUGGGCUCUGGACCGCAUGGUGCUGUGCAACGAGGUCACCAGAUGGAUGAAGGAUGACAUCACGCAGCCGCCCACCGAGGGCGUGUACGUCUACGGCCUGUACCUGGAGGGGGCGGGCUGGGACCGACGCAACUGUCGCCUGCUGGACUCCAAGCCCAAGGUGCUGUUCGAGCCCAUGCCCGUGCUCAGGAUGUACGCCGAGAACAACGGUGUGAAGGACCCACGUCUAUAUUCGUGUCCCAUCUACAAGAAGCCGGUACGGACAGACCUGAACUACAUUGCUGCAGUGGACCUGCGGACCAACCUGACUCCUGACUAUUGGACACUGCGGGGCGUGGCACUGUUGUGUGAUGUCAAAUGACUUUGUCAUUGUGAGACAACACCGCAUGGUGAGGUCAUCAAAAAUGGACUCGUAGUAUGUGAUGAAACCAAGCCAAUGGGUGCCUUGUGUAAAUAUUCAUCUCAGAGGAUUUGCUUGUGGUUUAUUUUCCAAAUGAACAUCUGCCUCGUUCAGAAUGAGAACUGCGCAUGGUUAAGAUGUGCAGCAUUCGCUUUACCUAAGUGUUUGGUUAUGACCUUGUCAGAGCUGAAAUGUAAGGGACUUCCAGAUUGUGAUGGUGUCUCUUCCUGAACUGACUUUUCUGAAUUAUUUAAGGAUAAUGUUUGAACACAUAUUUCUAUUUUAAACAUCAUGCCAUGUCACUACAUGUGCUUUUUAGCAGUCCCAUCUAUCCAGUACCUGAAGGGAUCUAUGAACAUGACGUGAGACUUUUAGCUGUCACAUUUAUGUGUUUUAAAAAAGAAACAAUCUGUUAAAGGGCCGUAAAAUUAUCAGGUGGUUCCUCUGAACCCGUCAGGUGUAAUUGUAGCCAUUAUAUGUCCAUUAAGCACAUGAACGGACCUCUACAAACACAGUUUUCAUCCUCAGGCCAAUGCACCUUUCAAAGCACCCAUGUGUGCUUUUUGCCCUCAGUUGCUAGGUUGUGUGUCGCAUCGUUUCUCGCGCAGCAGCAGAGAGCCUGGGGUCCGUUUCUCGAUUCUUGUCGUUGCUAACCGUCUUAAGACCGUCUUACCAUUCCCUUGGAUUCAGUGGUGAGCGUCGCUGUCGAGAGAGAGUUGAGUCGCUCUUACGACGGACGUUGCUACCGUUGUUAGCAAAGACGCUUUCGAGAUACGGACCCCUG